AUGUCCUACCCCGCACAACUCGACUUUGCAACUGUCACCGACGCCGAGCGCCUAACCGCCCUCCUAGGCAACCUCUUUGAGCCGACGCCCUCCCUGCGCCGCGUGCUAGUCCCUGCCGUCCUCUUCCGCGCAUCCACCAACCCACCCAAAUCGUACAGCGCACUCGUUGAUCUCUGUGCCGAGAUCGGGGACGGAUGGGACUGGGAUACAAAGGCCGAGUUCAUCCAGGGCCACCCGGUUAUUGGGGAGGUCAAGGGGCUCAGCGCGCACUCUAGUAAGGAGCAGGGAAGUGGGACGCCCAAGGUUGUUCUGGACCGCCUCGCCCACCUCAAUGCCGUGUACGAGGCUGUCUGGCCCGGACUGCGUUUCAUCACUUUUGUCGCUGGACGGCCGCGCGCCGUUAUUGUCAAUGAGAUGGAGGCCAACAUCGGCAUCCCCACGUCGCCGCAGCCUCUGCCCGACAACUUUGCCACUAACGAGCCCGCCGUCGGCUCAAGGACUGUCAAGAACCUCACCCGCGACAAGUACGGAGACGCGUGGAAGAAGGAGUGCGACCGCGCACUGGUGGACGUGUGGCGGAUCGGGCAUGCGCGGCUCGGCAACAUGGGCCUCAAGUAA